CUCAAGAAAAAAAGUGUUAAAAAGGAAUAACAACAAAGAUAAAAAAAUAAAUAUUCUGAGAAAAAAUGUAAAUAUAUUUAUUAAUCUGUUGCCUAGUAAGUGUUUUUGUGUGGAAUUAAUGAUGUAAAUAAUUGAGAAAAAAUUUUAAGUUAAAAUGGUCAUUAUGAAAUCCUGUUGCUUUUUCAAGAAUGUCUGGAAUGGAAGUGUUGCCUGUGCCAUUUAUACGAUGAUAUAUUUUGCCUUCUCCAGCUUAAUAUUGCUCAUUUAUGUAAAAGAUGAGUGGGAUUAUUUGGUGGGCCGUCGUCACACACCCAAAGGAGAGACCAUUAUUGAAAAGGGCGAUAUAACAGAAACUCAUGUGAUAUUUAACAUAAUAGUCUUUAUAUGUUCGAUGGGACUAGUAGCCUCAUCGAUAAUAUUGCUGUAUGGUUUAAAAAGGCAUAAUCGAGAAUAUCUAUUGCCCUGGAUACUGCUAAUGAUUGGUGAUGUCUGUGUGGAACUAUUCUAUGCCAUUUAUUUUAUUUUCAGUAAAAGAGCAAAUUUUGAUCCUGUGGUUGGUUUUAUAUUUACCAUAGAUUUAUUUAUUGUUUGUUUAAAUUCCUAUUGUUUACUCUGUGUCAUAUCGCAGUAUCAGGAAUACAAAGAUAUUGUUGCAAAUCGUACAAUACCACAGACGAAUUGCACCACUGUUGUGACAUCAGAUGCUGCUGGCUAUAAAUUUAACGACACUGUUGCUGUCACAGAGAAACCGAUUUUAAUGAAAACAUGUCAAUUGAAUCAUCAUCCGCAUUAUCAACCAUCCACAACACGCUUCCUAACACUAACAUCAUCACAUCACUGUUCAAUAAUAUCGCCCAUUCCCGAAGAAGAUGCUGCGGAAACUCAUCUUUAGCGAAUGAAUGAAUAAAUAAUGUUGGAUUAUUGAGUGAAUGCUACGUUUAGAAUUGUACUGGUUAAGUGUGGUACUUUUAAUUGGAAUUGUUUUAAAUUCUUGUAAAUAAUUAUAU